GAGUGGUAUCGUGACGCCUCGCCGACGCCGAGGCUCGUCCACUGUAACGGAAUUGCUCGCAUCUCCCUCACUGCUACGCGUUCCUUCACGUGCCUAUUUAUAGGCAGAACACGGUCUCCAAAUCAAAACCUAAACCCGAAAAAGGCUGAACGAGAAAGGGGAGGAGGAUAUGCUUCAGAUCCGGCUGAGCAAAGGACCGUCGGCAGACGGCGGGGGAGGGCCGGUAGCCAAGUCUCCUCCUGCGUUUGAUACGGUGACGGUGGCGUGCCCCGACCACCUUAUCAUCGCUGAUCUCCCGGUGGCUAAGAGCGUCGGCGCCGUUACCUCCUCUGCCGCCGUCGUUCGGACGGUUGGCCGUCGUUCCCGAAGAAACCUCGGUGAUCGGGUCCACUUCUGCGUCCGCUGCGAUUUUCCCAUCGCUAUAUACGGCCGCUUGGCACCAUGUGAACACGCUUUUUGUUUGACAUGUGCAAGAAGUGAUGCUAGCUGCUACCUCUGUGAUGAACGUAUUCAGAAGAUCCAGUCCAUAAAAAUGAUGGAGGGUAUAUUUAUAUGUGCUGCUCCUCACUGUUUCAAAUCCUUCAUUAAACAAGCUGAUUUUGUGACUCAUAUCCAUGAAAUUCAUUAUGAUCUUAUUCAAUCUAAUAUCAAGAAAGAAGAUGGCUCUGAGAAGGAGGCCAGAGCCUCAUCGACAGACACUCAUAAACAAUCAUUGCUGCAAGAGACAUCCACUGCACGUGCCCCACCCAAACCAGGGUUCUCAUCCAGUACAAAUUUGCAGCCACAUGAUCGAGAAGAACUUGCUCAACACCACCAGUCUACCGAUUAUUCUUCCUCAAUAAUGUCAGCGCCUCCAACAUCCAUGCUGUUUGAGAAUAACCUUCCUCAAGGCUCUGAUAAGUCCAAUGCGUGGAUGAAUCAACCUCAAGGUUACAUGACGCAGGCUGGUUCUCAGAGUCAGCAAGUCUCGGAUCAAUCCCUUGCUGACAAGCAUUCAUUGAAUCCUUUGCAACCACCCAUGCCGCCAAACUAUCAAUUACCUGUGAACCUUAAUCAGGCCAUGAUUCCCCCAACAGCAUUUAGUUAUCCUGUCUCGGUGGAUGGCUCUCAGCAAUAUUACGGCAUACCAUAUGAAGCUUUCCGCCCAGAACAAUUGCAGGCAGGAGGGCCUGCACAAGGAUCAGUACUGGGUUUUUCACCUGGUCCAACAGGGAUCGCAACUUUUGCAGGCAAUGCUCAACGGCCUUGGGUUACUGGUCAGAUGGUUGUACCUCUGGAUCCUUCACUCAUGCUAACUCAAGGCAGUCUACAAGGAUUCGUGAAUGUAACUGAUGCACAUGGAAACAAUCAGAUCUCUGGUGGAUGGCUGCUGAAUCAAACUCAUAUUGGCCAGGACUCAAAGUUCCAAGGUGUUUCAUCUGUUAAUAAUGACAGCAGCAAGGGUAUCUUUGCUCAACUUCAGCAACCAGGAUCCUUGCAAAUGUCACUUCCACCGCCACCUCCACUGCCUUUACAGAUGCCGCAACAACUCAACAUGGGGAAUUUCUCUGGCUUUAGCUCUGUGAAUCAGGAAGGCCAAGGCUAUGGUUAGCUGAUGUUUUGCCGAUGCAGCAUUAUGUAGACAACUUGUAUCAGGGUUUUGCCAUUGUUAAAUGUUAUGGUAUCAAUUCUGGCAAUCUACUCGUCAUUUUGUUCAAUUUUAGCAUCUUAUCGAAUGAAGAAAACGUAAUUCCUGCGCGUCAAGUUUAAGAAGGAAUGCAAUCUUGGUUGUUAA